AGCGACGAACGUAUGAUGUGUAUUCUUUGGGAGAACUUUGCUGAUACCAUGUUUGCUGCAUGUGAGAAUGCUGCGGACACUGUGGUGACGUGUUUGAUACGUUCUGCGCGAAGAUCAAUUCAUUCAAAGGCUGAGUAUUUCAACAGGUUUUUCCGAAGAACCAUAUCUGAGGUUCUCGACGAGACUGAUGAGGCGAAAUUCAGAAUCAUGUGUACCAUCUUCAACAUUGACAUGAAUUUUGGUUUCUAUUACUUUGUUUGUAAUAAGUGUACCAACACUGCCUUUAAGGUACCCAAAAAAGAAAAUGAAAUCGUCUCCAAGUCCAAGAAAGCUUUGUUUUGGUGUAAGACGUGCAAUGAAAGUCAUUCAAAGGUUAUUCCAAGGUUCAAGUUGAUUCUUGAUGUGAUGGAUAGUUCUGGUGAGCUUAAGUGUAUGAUGUUUGAUAACAGUGCUCCCAAGAUUAUUAAUCAGAACGUUGAUGAAAUUUUCAAUGGGGUGUAUGACGAGAUUCAGGAUCCAACGAAUGUGCCUGAUUGUUUGAAAAGUUUGGUUGAAAAAACUUUUCAGUUUCUGAUCAACAUUGAUAAGGACAAUAUACAUGGUGGGAAUGAUACUUACAAAGUUUCUUAUGUCGAAUUGGGUGAUGAUGCAGAACAUGUAGACCCUCCUCAAGAUUCUAAUGUUCCCAUUGAUCAUAAUUCUUUGAUCUCCGUUGACCAGGAUCAAGAUGUUAAAUCUAAUAGCAAUGAGACUGACGAUCAAAUAGGAACUGCCUCCACUACCCCCUCAUCUAAGCGAUCAAACAACAGCACUGAAGAUACUGAUGAGAAUUCUUCUUCGACUACAAAAAAGAUCUGUGUGACCUCGAUCAGUGAUGCUAUUGAGAAAGAGGUUUCCGGAGGGCUUAAAGAAUAAUGAAACAUGUAGUGGGCAGCAAGUUUUAUUUUGUA